CCUGGUCCACGUCGAGAAUAUUGUUUUGUUUUGUUUUUUCCCCCCUUUCCCUCUCCUAAUUUUGUUGUUAUCAGCAAUGACAUUGAUUUAUUUGUCCCGAUUCGACACUGCGCUCACUUGUUUGUCCGCUCAGCCUAAGAGAUAGCUCGGCGGCCGAGGAGGAGGUUUUUGACGUUGGGACGUCGUUUUAAACGCACUCAAAAUGUCCUGGUUUGCCGAGAUUGCCGGCAAAGCCGAAAACUUUCUGAAUCAAGUCGAUCAGGGAGCUGCCACCGCCUUGAGCAAGAGUCAGGCCAAAGCGUCGUUCCUGGGUUCCUACUACGAUGGAGAUGGCGCGACGGUCCCGCCUGAAUACGAGGCAGAGACCGGCGCUCCUUCUCACCAUAUUCCAAGCUUUAUCUCCUCAGCGGCAGGCAACAUCAAGAAGUCUGCACCUCCUCCUGUGCCCACUUCUGCGCACAAGCAAGCGUCGGGCAGAACUUCCAAGGCUCCCCCCUCCGCCUCUUCAACUUCCUCUUCUGGCUUCGUGAAGAGCAAAAAGAGCGCUCACGAUGUGGACGACGAUAUGCUCUUUGACUUUUUGAACAGCUCGGAUCCGCCAGUCAGUGCUCGCCGUGAUCCCAGGAGGGAUGCUAGCGUCAAAGUGGCGGUUGCAGAGGCUAAAAAGCUAUCUUCGACUCCUCCUACCGCUGACUCGUCGCUCCCGUCCACUCCGCCCUUGACGGGCGGCAUGUCCCGGGCGUCCAGCCUCGGCUCUCUGUCUACUCACAGCGUUAAACCGUCAGAGGAGAGCUCCAUGAAAGAUCAAACCCAAGCCAGUCCAGACUCAGCUGAGACUUGCAACGCGGACUUGGCUGACCCUCAGGAGUCCAGCCGACCGGAGUCAUGUGGUCCCCCGGAGGAGUCGCAGGCUCAGGUUCUGUCCAGCCUGCGUCUGGAGAACCAACUCCUGCGUAAUGAGGUGGCCUCACUCAACCAGGAGAUGGCCACGGUCAUCCAGAGAUCAAAGGACAUGCAAGAAGAACUGAGCCAGGCCCGACUGCGCGCCGACAAACGCAACGCCGAGAAUUCUCAGAGCGACCGCGCGCUGCGGGGCCUGCGCUCGCAGGUGGACGACCUGAACGAGGCCCUGUCCGCCAAGGACGGACAGCUCGCCGUGCUCAAGGUCCGACUGGAUGAGGCCGACCAACUGCUGAGGAGCCGCAACGUGGCGCUAGAGGAGGCGCAGAAAGAAAAGUCCAGGAUCUUGGAGGACCACACAGAAGGUAGCAGCAUGCACUCCCAAGCUCUGGAGAGCAUGCACGAAAGGUUGCGAGAGGCCGAGAAGGCCGUCAGGAGGGAAGAGGACAACUUUCGACAAAUGCAGAGCGAAUACGCCGGCCGCCAGUCGAGGCUGGAGUGCGAGCGGCAGAGCCUGGCCGAGGCGUUGAGUGUGGCGGAGAAACGUGCCUUUGAGGAGAAGCUCCGCGCGGACAACCUCCAGCAGCAGCUACGGAGCGCCAAGGCCGCCGCUGAGGCCGUCAAGGACGAGCUGCAGGACUACAAGAACAAGGCCUCGCGCAUCCUGCAAUCCAAAGAGAAGCUGAUCAGCAGCCUGAAGGAGGGAUCCGGUUUGGACACGCUGGACGGCAGCGGCGCGGCGGCUCUGGAGAUGGAGGAGCUGCGGCACGAGAAGGAGCUGCAGAGGGAGGAGAUCCAGAAGCUGCAGGGCCAAGUGCACUCGCUCCGAACUGAAUUACAAGAUUCGGAGACCCAGUCCCUCGCCGAGGCGGAAACAUGGCGGCAGCAGACGGCGCAGUUCGAGGAACAGCAGGCGGCGCUGAACCGCGUCAAACUGGAGCUGGAAGCCGAAGUGGAGCGGCACAAGCAGGAGUUGCAGUAUGUGGAGGAAGAGCAGAACCGCGCCAAAAGCGCCCUGCAGAGCCGAGUCAAAGACAGAGAAGAUGAAAUUCAGAAACUCAGGAAUCAGUUGACCAACAAAACGCUGAGCAGCAGCAGCCAAACGGAGUUGGAGAACCGCCUGCACCAGCUGACCGAGACGCUGAUCCAGAAGCAGACCGUGCUGGAGGCGCUGGGCACGGAGAAAACCUCGCUCGUCUUCCAGCUGGAGCGACUGGAGCAGCAGCUGAAGAGCACCCAGGGGGGACCGAGCACGGGAGGACCCGCCAUCAACAUGAGCGGCGUGGAGGGGCUGGGGGCCAGACACAGGAACAUUCCAGUGCUUUUCAGUAAUGAAGAGAGUCCUGGUAUGUACGGGAAAGUGCAAAAGGCAGCCAGCACCAUUGACCGCUUCAGCAUCAGACUGGGGAUCUUCUUGAGACGCUAUCCCAUGGCCAGGGUUUUUGUCAUUUUGUACAUGGCAAUACUGCAUCUGUGGGUGAUGAUUGUGCUCCUGACCUACUCUCCCGAAAUGCACCACGCCCGGCCUGAUGGAAGCUAGGUGAAACUGUCACUUCCUGCGGACCUGCAGGGGUUUUGGGUUCUGAUUUUUUUUUUUUUUUUUUUUUCCCGUUUGUUUUGCACAUACGGGCACUUGCUGAUUGAUUCAUUCUCCCAAUACCCAACUGACAACGGCAUUAUGUUUUAUACAAAACGGCCGCGUGCUAGUCGAUUCCUGUCUCAUGAACGGUAAAUGGGAUCAAGGCUAAGUCGUCGCGCUUCUUCCGACGCUGCUUUCAAAGUCUUUCGCGGUUGUAUUUAUCGAUGUAAAAAGAUUAUUUUAAUAAAUGACUUAAAGAUGAAAGAGUU